GCAGGUCUCCAGGCAACACAGAGUAGAAGAAGAAGAACAAGAUGGCGGAACGAGGCUACAGUUUCUCCCUCACCACAUUUAGCCCCUCGGGUAAACUGGUCCAGAUUGAGUAUGCCCUGGCAGCUGUAGCAGCCGGAGCACCGUCAGUGGGAAUCAAAGCUUCCAAUGGAGUUGUCCUUGCAACAGAGAAGAAACAAAAGUCCAUUCUGUAUGAUGAGCAGAGUGUCCACAAAGUGGAGCCCAUCACUAAACACAUAGGCAUGGUCUAUAGCGGCAUGGGGCCCGACUACAGGGUUUUAGUGCGACGAGCCCGGAAGUUGGCACAACAGUACUUCCUGGUUUACCAGGAGCCAAUCCCCACAGGCCAACUUGUCCAGAGAGUGGCCUCUGUAAUGCAGGAGUACACACAGUCUGGUGGAGUGCGUCCGUUUGGCGUGUCAUUGCUGAUAGCUGGAUGGGAUGAAGACCACCCCUACCUGUUCCAGUCAGACCCCUCUGGUGCAUAUUUUGCAUGGAAAGCCACAGCCAUGGGAAAGAACUACGUGAAUGGAAAAACAUUCCUUGAAAAAAGGUAUAACAAUGAUCUGGAGCUGGAAGAUGCCAUCCACACAGCCAUCUUGACACUGAAGGAGAGCUUUGAGGGUCAGAUGACAGAGGAGAACAUUGAAGUCGGGAUCUGCAACGAGGCCGGCUUCAAAAGACUCACCCCAGCGGAGGUGAAAGACUACCUGGCAGCCAUUGCGUGAACACGUCCUCCCUGGUGAUGGGGUUUUUGGCCACAUUUUAAGACAUAAAAGCACAGUAGCCAAUGGUCUCAUAACGCAUUAUUGUAAACCACGGUUAUUCAGACACUUAUCCAAGAUUAUGUAUGUGAGUCGUCAGAAUCAGACAGCAUGUUUGGGAUUAUGCCCAGACCUGAUAGACUUUGUAUGUAUGCAGCUAAUGUGGCUGCUACUCAAAACUGCAUUGACUAAACUCCCAUCUGUGGCUGUGAGAUGACAACCUCAUGUUAUCACAUAACUAAUUGGCUUUGUUGUUAAACGCAUACCUGGGUACAGUGAAAUGUGGCAUUUGGCUGCUGUGCACAUGGAAAAGAAUGUGGGCUCUGAGUGAAAUCUCACGUCUUCCAUUGAAUCCUUCACCUUUCUUAUUUCUCGUAACUGUUGCAAAGGCAAUACUUUUUGCAAAUCAGGCAUGGUGGCUUCAUGCAUUUAUUCGGAAUUCAAUCGUUACUAUUGUGAUAAAUGGCCUCUGAUUGAACUUAAAGCAAAAAAUUAAAAAGGUAACAAGGCUAGUUGCUAAAGACCAGAAGGAGCUUUGGUCUCAUCCUGAAUAUAAACAGUUUCCCUUUAUUCUCCUGACUGCACUUCAUGAGUAUCUCUCAGACACUGGCAAUGAGUAUCAGCAAAAAGAAGGAUGCAAUGGAACGUUUUGAAAUUUUACACUUAGGAUCUGGUUGCCUGUACAGCAGUUUUACACAAUGUACUUUUUUUCCAGGCUAGAAUUAAUUCUAGAGUUUGUAUUUUCUCUUCUGGUAUCUGUCACUUAUUCGAAUAAAAGAUGAUGAGUUGA